GUUUAGAUAUGAGUGAUUUCAGAAUUAUUUUUUCAGCUGUUAUGCCACCAAGAACCCAGAGUCUUUCUAUCGUUUUUCUCUACCAUCUCUGAUGAGUCUACAAGUUCUAUCCUCAUGUUUGCAAAAAAGGCCGCAGCAGCUCCAAGCAUCUGAACCUCAUAUGGCCAUGUACAGGAAGAGAAGGCAAGGGUAAAAAAGUCUUUUUGUCUGACUUUCUCUUUCAUCAGUAAGCUCUUUUCCAGAAGCUCUCUCUCAACAGUCUUCUUUCUUUUUUUUUCAUUGACCCAAACUGGGUCACAUGAGUUUGUUGAAGCCAGUCCCUGGCAAAGGGAAAGGAAUGGCCAUGAUAGGCUUAGAUCAAUAUUGAUUUGUCCUUCGAGGCCUGGAACAUUGCUACUUGAAAAAGCAAGGUUCUGUUAGGAAGGAGGAAAGGGUCAGUCAACAAUCCACACACUGAUGCUGCCAGGAGCCCAGAACCCUGAAAGUCUGGUGGUAGGGAGCGUGCUACCACAGCGCAUCAGUUAGAACUGUUUCUGUGCUAAGUGCUAGGAAGCUCUACUCCAACUGAUUGAAGCAAAAAGGGGUAUUUAUUUGGGUACAACUGAGAAGUCCAAGAUAAAUGCUGCUUUCAAGUUUCUAAUGAUUUAAUAGAACUCAGUUUGUCUCUUGUUCCCACGGUGUCGGCUCCACUCCUAGUCGCCCUGUUGCCCCCCACACCUCCUGCUCCUAGCUGUCAUGUCCCCGGGCCCUUUCAUGUGACCUCAAGACAGGUACCAUCACUACACCACCACCCCACCACCCACAUUCCGGUCCCCAGCGAGAAAAGCCAGGCUUUUCUCAUCACGUCUGCUGAGAGUCAUUCUAAUUGGACCAGCUUGGGUCACAUGACCAUCCCUGAGUUAAGCACGGCCCAGAAAAUCAGUACUUUGAUUGGUAAGCCCUGGGUCACAUGCUCCAUCCCUGGAGCCCAUCUCCUUUAAGCCUCCCUGACCCGCAGGAAGUAGAUGUUACCUUUACCAUGAAGAAGUUGCCUCUAAGUGGCUUGGAUGAGGAAACUGAUCCAAGGAAGGACUAAGUAUACAGCCCCAAAUCAUACACCUGGGAGCAUAAUGUAGCCAGAUCUGGGCUCUAAGCAAUAGCCUGAUGGUGGAACAGAUACAUAGAGAUCUUCAUAUCACAGAACUGACUUUUGGUGGAUUGGUCUGAAUCUCUCAAAGACCACUGUGGAAGAUGUCCAGAGCACCUCUUGGAGGCCUGAAGUCUGUCUCACUUCCUGGAAAAGCCAAUCAUCAUGAACCACUUCCUCCCUGGACCAAACACCAAAAGCAACCUUGACAACACGUACCAGUUCUGGCUGCCGACAGACCUUUUCAGAUGGGACAAGCUUCCAAUCAAUUCUCAUUUCUUCCAGGUCCCAGAAAAGCCAAUGAGAAGCAUCAGGUAUAUGGAGAAGGAAAUAAUAAACCUCAAGAAAGACCUUAAACGAAGCCGCACCUUAAUUCAGUGGGUGAAGAUUGGCCGUGGAUACUUCACCAUCCUGAAGGAGGAGAGUGCCUUGAAAAAGAAGCAGCAACAACUGGAGAAACUAAAAGAGGAAGAAAGAAAUAAAUUCCAACCAGCCAGAAUGCUGUCAGAUAUCCAUUAUGGGGAUUUGGUUCUGCCCACAUAUGGGGAUGAGAAGACGAAGAAGGCAGUGGCUGAAGUCAUCCUGCGACCAUUCACCCCCAUGCACAGCUGCAUCAUUUCGCCCUCGCUGCCCGAGGCCCACAUCGAGCCCAUCUUCCGCCAGCUCUGCGUCCUCCACUGGCUCCUGGAGGCUCUGACUAUCGACCACAGCCACCAUACCAUGAAGCCUGUGAUCACCUGCUGGAAUCCCAAGGACCCAGGUGGAAGCAAAAGCACAAUAAAAAAAAUCAAUAAGGACAAGUCCAUGGGACAGAGAUGGGAGCACUUCGUCACAGCACCGAAGACCAAGAAAUUCAAAAUCCCUGUAGCGCGUCCCACCACCCGCAAACCAAGCCGGCGAGGCUCCACCCUCAGUCUGUCUCGGACGAGUGGAGGGUCAUCCCCCCAGAGCAGCAUGGUCUCCGUGAACCCGGGCUCAGAUGAACCUCCAAGUGUGAUCACCCAGGCGACAGGCAGCAAGGACAUCGAGGACAAUGAAUCGUCUUCGACCAAGCCUGAAGAAGAGCCUCUCCAUGUCAAUCUGCAGAAGCUCCUAGAGAUGGUUCGGGAAGAUGCCCGGAGAACAAUCACCAUGGAAAACGAGAUGCAAAGACAGGCACCCAGCAUCUUGUCAGUGCUCAGACAAAACAAGAGCGAUUCUGCCUAUAAGGACAUGCAGACCACCCGCAAAUCAAGUGACAGAUCCAGCAGUACAAGCGGAGACAGCCACUCCCUGGUGCUCCAGAAGAAGCUUAAAAGCCGCGCCAACCGUGACAUCACCCAGUACAAGAGUGGGGUGUGUAACACCCUGAGGGCCAAGUUUUACAGCGUGGCCCAGGAGGCUGGCUUCUGUCUACAGGAUAAGAUGGAAAUCCUCAUGAAGCGCCAAGAAGAAAGAGGUAUCCAGAAGUUCCUCUCUUUCAACCUUGCCUCAAAUUUCCAAAAGGAUAUAGCCAAAAUGAGACACCAAGUCUCCACGGUAAAAGCCGAUGCAGAAGAAAUUGCAGACCACUGGUACUUUGACCUGCUGUCCAAACUCCCUGAGGAUCUGAAGAAUUUCCGCCCUGCAAGGAAGAUCCUGGCAAAACUGCAGAAGUUUGGGGAAAACCUGGACCUGAGGAUCCGACCGCAUGUCCUCCUAAAGGUGCUCCAGGAGCUGAGAGCCUGGGAACUGUGCUCCCCGGACAUUGCAGUGGCCAUCGAGUUUGUGCGAGAACACAUCAUCCAUAUGCCUCAAGAGGAUUACAUCAGCUGGCUGCAGAGCCGGAUAAACAUCCCCAUCCGGUCCCAGAGUGCCCAGAAGUAGUGGGCCUGGGUCAACCAGUGACUCCAGUGGAGGAGGGCUGUCUACACCGUGUGCCUGCUCUCAUGGAGACUCAUUAUGAUCUGGUAGGGUCAUCUGGAGACCAGAUUCUGAAAACAUUCUAGGGGGAGCUGUUCCCAGGUGGAAGCCCCCUUCUGCCUCACACACCAGCCUCAGGCUCCCAGCCUCUGGUGCUCAUUGGCCCAGCCUGACUACCUAUACCCUCUCCAGGAUCCUUCCCUCUUAGCCUUCUCCUCAAAUUCUGGAUAAUAAAAUUGAGUUGAAUGUUU